AUGGCAUUCAGCGGUGCCACCACAGCUCCUACCGCGGACAUGGACAUCGACAUGGACCUUGACCUCGGACCAGAGCCCGAGCCCGAGCCCGAAUCAAUUCAGGUGGAAACAACCACGAAUGUAGAAACCACUAUCGACCCCCUCACCGAUGAAGCGGUUUACGAAAAAGUGCAUGUUCGCGGCGUCGAUGAAAUGACCACAGACAAUAUCAAGCAAUUUGCUCGCGACUGCUCUGGGCAGGAACCAGUGCGUGUUGAAUGGAUCGACGACACAUCCGCCAAUAUCAUCUUCUCUUCCGCCGAAAUCGGCCUCCAAGCUCUCACAGCUCUCACUCAAGUCCCCGAGGAAGAGGACGCGUCUACCUUGCCACCUCUGCGUCUCCGAUCAGCGAAGAUCCUCUCAUCUCACCCUGAUUCCGUCCUCCAAGUGCGAUCGGCUGUCAAGUCAGACCGCAAGCAACCACGCGCCCAUGAGAAGAGUCGCUUUUACCUUAUGCACCCCGAGCACGAUCCCCGAGAACGCCUGCGACAAGAAUUUGCAGACCGGAGAAAUAGCGAUGAUGCAGGCGAUGGGGAUUAUAGGCGGCGCAGAUUCGACAACCGGGAGCACCGACGCCGCCGAGACCGUGACGAGGACGACCACUUCAAUGCCGACAUGUAUGGCGAUAAUGUUGGCACUGAACCCGAGCGCGCUCGGCCACAACCUAGAGGUCGUGGUCAGAGGGACCUGUUCCCGGAGGAUGAGGGCCGAUCAAGUGGACGGCUCCGGAAUCGCAGUGCGUCUCCAGGACGAGACACGCUGGAGGAAGAACUUCGAGCCGAGCGAGGUGGUCGUGAGAAUACCAGGCGAUUCCGUGAGCGGUCGCCCCGACACAGUCGUAGAAAUAAGGACAAAGAACUUUUCUCAAGCGCGGGUGCAGGCGAGAGCGCGUCAGGAAACCGCGAGCUUUUCCCAAACAAGCCGACAUCCAGCUACAUCAAGAAGGAGUUGUUACCCAGCAAGCCUAGUCACCAUCGUCGAUCAGACGCAUUCGACGCUUCUACUGCCCCAGGCACCUCUGAACACAGACGUCACAGCAAUAUUGAACUCUUCCCUGAUUCCACCAACAAUGGCGCCCGCAUUCGUGGAGCAGCCACAGCCACCGAGGACCAAGGAUUUGCCAUCCGGGGUGGCGCGUCGAAUGGCAUGUCGAUUAAAGGCAGGGGCGCAUCGGUGCGCGAGCUGUUUCCUUCCAAGUACGACAAUGUCUCCGACAAUCACACCAACGCUGGCGCGAACGCUGGCAAGGAAUUGUUUUCUGAUACACUAGAAGGACGCGGUGGUCGUAGGCGUCGGGCAGAGGAUAUGUUCAGCUGA